AUGGGUGCGACGGGUGCGCGACGUCAUUUUCCUGCCAUCCUUCCAAGCCUUGGAAUCACCGGAGUGCUUGCAGCUGUGUACGCUUGGCGGCGGUACCAACGGUGCAAGGCAGUAGCAUCGGAGCUUGCCGUGAAGGCAGAUUGUCAGACGGAGCACAAUCUUGCGAUCGUGGAGCCCUUUAGAUCCCUAGAUCUUCGUUGGUGUCUCUUGGAUGUCCUGGCCCUGAUCUUGAAGGAUCUCGGGUUGGAAACGGCUUGCCGCUGCCGGCUUCUUUGCAAAGGCGCGCGAGAAGCCAUUGGCCCAAAAGGAAUGCGCCUUGCCGUCGAGGAUGCAGACUGGUUGACAGCACAGUUGCAGGCUAGUGGGGUUGCGGUUAGCUUAGCUGCACUUGCUGCAACUGGCUCGACCAGAUCUGCAGCAUCAGAAGUUGCCAGAGCGGUGGCUUACUCUACCUUUGCAAACUCCGUCUUGUCUCUGUGGUCACCCGAUGUGAUGGGACGUCCACCACUGGUUGCUGCGGCUUGCUGCAGUCGACAGAAUGGUUGGGGCAGUUCUUUAUUGACAGCAAUGCUAGAUGCCCGUGCCCAGCCGGAGGCUUCCAGCCCCGAUGGUUGGAACGCACUGAUGUGGGCGUCUCAGCUUGGCAACGAAGAAGACUGCCAAGUGCUUCUUAAAGCCAUGGCGAAUCCAAAUGCCGUUUCUGCUGAUGGCACCUCGCCUCUGCUUUGUGCCGUGCGCGCGGACCGCCAGCCGCUGGUCAUCGUCAAGCUCCUCCUCUCCUACCGGGCCGAUCCCGCACUUGUUCCGAUGCAGAGCCCCUUCGAUGAGUACGUCGACAUGGACGUUCGUCAAGCUCUUGCAAGCGCACCCCAUCGCCGCUAG